AUGGAAGAGGCUGCAUCGCCAGACCGUGAUCCAGAAGCAAACGCCAAUCGUUUGCUUGCUGUUAGGUUCAAAAAUCAAAAGCCCUUGAACACCCUGGACGUGGCCUGCCUCAUCAUCAACAAGAUCAUCGGAGGGGGUAUCUUUGUUUCGUCGAGCAAUGUCGCAUUUCUGUCUGGCAACAAGCUCGUGGCACUGGCCCUCUGGAUAUUUGGGGGCCUCUAUUCUUUCUGCAGCAUGUACAUCUAUCUCGAGUACGGACUCGCGUGGCCUUACAAUGGUGGGGAAUUCAUCUACAUGGCCAAGAUAUUCCCAGUCCCGCCCAUUCUCUUUGCGACCUGCUUCGCAUGGUUCUUCAUCCUGUUCGCCACGACCACGAAUAACGCCAUCACCUUUGCGACCUUUAUCAAUCCAGAUAAAGCAGAUAAUCCGGACGAAUGGUUUACAAAAUUCGUGGCUUGCGUGAUCGUCAUCGCAAUAGCGAUAUUACACUACCGACUGGUCAAUAUUGGAAUUCUCUCCAACAAUUUGCUGGCUGCAUAUAAGGUCAUCUUCCUGGGUGUUUUGACCAUCGCGGGUUUCGUCGCAACCUGCCGAGAUGGAGCGCGGGGUCGAUUAGAAGGUCUCAAGGACUAUGCACAUACUAACGGUAAAGUCUCCGAAACGAGUAUCAUCCUAGCUAUUCUCCAAGUCCUGUACAGCUACCACGGAUGGGAAAAUGCAAACUACGUGACGUCUGAGAUCGAAGGUGAUGCUGAGACAAAAAAGCGAAUUUUGAAAAGAGGAGCACUGAUUGCAAUUGCUGUGGUCAAUGUCUUGUAUGUUCUCUUCAACCUAUUCGUGUUUUUCAUGCUCGAUUUUGAUACUAUCAUCAAACGGGAAACAGCAGCUGUGGCCGGCACGUAUGCUGUAAAGGUCUUCCAAAGUGGCAAUGAGACAAUGACAAGGCAUGCCAUUUAUGUCUGCAUAGCGCUCUCAGCAGCUGGUAAUCUGACCGGUGUGAUAUUUACCAAUGCUCGAGUGGCACGAGACAUCGCCAAAAACCGGUUGAUACCCUUCUACAACUUCUUCGGCAUGAGCUCUGGCUAUGGUAUCUCCAGAUGGGAUCACCUGGGCACUCCCACUGGGGGUCUCGUCCUCCAUGCUGCCAUCACUUGCAUUUACAUUGCCUCUAUUCCAUUAUUCCAAGGCGACAAUGACGAGGGCAAGCAAUUUGCUUUGACUCUUUACACAUAUGGACAUUCGAUUAUCAGCUUUCUCUUGGGAAUUGGGAUUCUCUUCUUACAGAAGCGAAUGAAUGAAUAUGAAACAAAAGAGGCCAAUCCAUCCGAUCAUUACUUCCCUGGGCCAUGGUCUUACCAAGUGUUAAAAAACAAGCGUACUCGGUAUGGUGCCGUGGCGUUCUUUACGAUCGUCAAUAUCUUCCUCAUCGCCUUGCCAUUCAAAACUACCAACAACCCAGACGGAUCUACGCGACGGAUCCCCUCAUGGGCCGUGCCGGUGACGGUGCUUUCCGUGUUUGCUUUUGCAGCCCUGGUCGCCCUUUACAUCAUUUGCUUCGUCCGGAAGCUAGACUUCCAGCAAAGUCGAGGGAGAAAGAUCACCGAAUUCAUUCCCUACAAUAAUCGAAAAUGGAUUAUUGGAUAUCCUGAACUCAGGAAGAAAAGGAACUGGAUUCAGGUUUUCACAUCUCUACCCUGGGAGGAGAUUCGUAAACGUUUGUUUGAUAAUGCAGAAGCAAGGACGGCAGCAGUUCUGAGGGAAGAAUUUCAGCCAGAGAGACGCCUGGGAUCCACCUUUCCACUAUCCGGGCCAGGGAUGACUCCAUGA